AGGAGGUUCGGAUGAAGAAGAAGAACUGGCAUCCCGCCGCCUGUGCCGCAGUCCAGAGGACAGCUACCGUUUUGAGGCAACAGCAGCAGCUCAAGUCCCGGCUCUACAUCGACAUCUAGCUCACGUAACGCCCGUGCCGACUGCGGUUUCGUCAAGACCACUCACGUCUCGCGCCUGGACAUCCUGCGAGCGAUCGAGAUGCGGAAGGGAACGCCGUAUGUGAUUGGUGACACCACUGUCAUCAGUCACCAGGACAAGCAGUCCAGACUGUCCGAGAAGGUAAGGCGGGGCAGCACGAUGGACUUCGUUCGCAUGCUGGAGACCGAGCUGGCUGCGAAGUCUGCUGCACCGGACCUGCCUGGAAUCUGGGGCUUAACAGCAGCGCACUGCGGGAAAGGUGUCAUGCCGUACAUGUCGCUGGUUCCUUGCUGGGCGGGAUCACUGUGCAUCGGCACCGCUCUUGGCUACGCACUUCCUGCCGGCCGCACUCUGGACGAUGCCGCACAUCGAGGCUCCCUCGACGUUCCACACAGGCAGAUAUUGUGGUUCGGCUCCAUGAUGAGCCUGGGUGCUGUGUUCGGCUCUCUAGCGGGCGCGAUGCUGACGCAGCUCAACGGCCGCCGGUGCAGCCUGUCUAUCGCCGCAGUGGGCCUGCUCGCGUCCUGGCUCGUCAUCGGCUGGGCGCGGAACAUCUACUAUUACUGCGGCUCGCGUUUUUUGGGCGGCCUACUGACCGGCGUCGUCUCGGUCAUCGUCCCGGCGCACAUAGCGGAGAUGGCCCCCGUAACCCGACGCGGAAUGCACGGUGCCCUGCACCAGUUCGCUGUCACACUGGGCGUCCUGUACGCGUACUGCUUCGGCCGUUCCCUGGACUGGGACUGGUUGGCCGUGUCCUGCGCGCCCCCUGCCGCCGCGUUGCUCGUCCUCACCAGAACUUUUGCGGUGGAGUCUCCUCGCUGGAUUCUACAGAAGGGCGACACCAUGGGCUCUUUGAAGGCGCUCAUUACUGUGCGUGGUUCCAAGUCGCUGGCCGACAUCGAGUUCGACGCCAUCCAGGAAGUGUUGCCAAAGUACAGGACCCCAGUGGCGCACUACUUUCUCGCACUGCUGGUGGUGGUGUCGCAACAGCUGAGCGGCAUCAACAGCGUCAUCCUCAGCACAGUCUGCCUGGAUCACGGAGCCGACUCGACCAGGCCUUCCAUGGACAGCACCAUCGCUCUUGCACUGCUGCAGACGCUGGCAACACUGCUAGUCGUGCCUUUCGUCGACUCAGCGGGCCGUCGAAACUUGCUCGGUGUUUCCGUGGUUGCGUGCUGGGGUAGCAUGGUCAGCCUGGGGUUCAUCUACUUCAGCUCCAGGCCUGAUAGAGCGGCGGUCGUCGACGAAUGGAAAGCCACGUCUCCCGCCGAUCUGGAAGUAGAGGAGGCGACUUCAGCCGUCGCCUCUGCGUCGGGCGUCAACAGCAUGCUCACUUUUGCUUUGAAGGCCUUGUUCGUUGUCGCCUUCUCGGCUGGAUUGGGGCCCGUCCCGUGGAUCCUUGCCGCUGAGCUCGUUCCACUCCGUGGCACCGGACUCGAGUUUGGAAGCGUGUGCGCAGCCAGCUGGACCGGCGUUUUUGUGACAGCCAACUUUGUGGCUACAACUGACACUGCACGGAUGUUCGCCGUGUCCCUCUGGCUGUACGGGCUCAUCGCACUCACCGGAGGGCUGAUCAGCUUCAUGCUGCUCCCCAAGACUGAUUGCAUGUCCAUCGAGGAUAUCCUGCUAAUCGAUCCUGACGACAGGGCUCGAACACGGAAGAUAAGGUUUAAGAGCAAAGAACAUGUCUUCGCCACGCCUGGUUCGGGAGGGCAUGCCACCACUAGCGAACGCACGGCGACAGUCGCCAAGCCUCCAAUACCGGAGAAGCCGCAUCCAGGUAUUGACGAAACCUCACUGAAAAGCUUGACGCCAGAUAAACGGUCGUCAGACAUCACUCAAGCCACAUCAAAGGACCUGACCGCGGAGAAGCCGCAGUCAGCUGUCAGCCCCUCUCCUACAGAAGCUUUAACAACGGAGAAGGUGGAUUCGGACGUCUCCCAGGGCCCAUCGAAGGGUUCGGAUAAGAAGCUUGUCGCCGUCAGCGAGCAGCAGCUACGGGAUCACGACCGUCGCAAAUCAUCUGUCGCGUCCCAAAAAUUGAUAGCGUCCGAGGCAAGCGCUGAUUCAGCGCGCUCAAAGGAUAGCACCAGGAAGAAGUGAAGGAGGGCGCGAAACCAGAGGAAAGGCGUCGCCAUCGCCCGUCUGGUGUUUGACAAUGCCACGUGCCUUCCGAAGUGGCAUCACGUUUCUGCAGCUGCCCCCAGCUGCAAGGGUAAAUAAAGUGAACUUGUAGACGCACCGAAAGCUCGUGCUAUGACGUAAUAGCU